GAGAAGAGAGAUACUGAGAGACAGAGAGAGAGAGAGAGAGAGGCAGGACACGAUAACAGCGAAGACAACAAGAGAGUAUAUAGAAGGAAAAAGACGGAAAAAACACAGAAAUUAGAAGACGAAGGGCGAAAAUAAGAAGAGGGAGAGAAAAUUCAGCAGUUUAGCAGAAAUAAUGGAGUUUUUCAAGCGGGGAAGCUGCGAAGAGUUUGAAAAAGUGUUGCAGCUUUACCCCAAGGCUUUAGAGGCCAAGGCACAGCAGAAGAUGAAGAAGAAAGGAGAAAGCUUAAAAUCUCUAGACAGAUGGAUGCAGGAGGAGCUAAAGACAACGGCAGACUCACGAGAACCGCCACACAUCAACCGCGCUGAGCUGGUUCGCUUGGUUGAGUGGAAGUUAACAAGAGGGAAGUUCCGGCCAAGAUUGAUUGAACUGGCAGGGUCUAACGAGGAGGGGGAGGUCGUUAGAGUGACAGGGGAAGGCUUGAGGCUUGGAGAAGAGGGCAGAGUAAUGGAGGCUAUUCAAAUGAUGGCUUCAUUGAGGGGCAUCGGUCCAGCCACAGCUUCAGCGAUCCUUGCUGUGUGUCAGCCAAAUAACUUCUCUUUCUUUGCUGACGAAGUGGCUCAGACAGUCCUCCCCACAGCGGCCCUCCCUCAAGUACACAGCGAGGGAAUACGAGGCUGUGAAUGCUGCUGUGGGGGACUGCGCUGUGAGGCUAAGCAAGGGUAACAAAAAAUGGACGCCGCAUCAAGUGGAGCUGGCUGUGUGGACUUAUUGUGUACUGGAGAAGAUUAAUCCAAGCCUCCUCCACUUCUCCUCCUCCUCCUCCUCCUCCUCUUCCCCACCAUCUAAGAGGAAGAGGAGAUAAAGAGUUUGUUAUUAAAUUCUUCCUGUUUAAGAAGGAAGAAUUAUACUGGUUCUUCUUCCUCUUCCUUUUGUUUAAGAAGAGGAAGAGGAAUGUGCUUGUUCUUCCUCUUCCUCCUCCUCUUCUUCUUCCUCUCCAUUUAAGAGGAGGAGAUAAAGAAGUUUUUGUAUUCUUUCUCCUCCUCUUCUUCCUCUUCCUCCUCUAAAGAAAAGGAGAGGAGAGGAGAGGAGAGGAGUUUGUCUGUUCCUCCUCCUCCUCUUCCUUCUUCCUCUCCUCCUCCUCCUCUUCCUCCUAAUGUAAGAAGUUAAAAAAUAAAAAUGAACACACACACACACACACACACACAAGAAUAAUGAUGAAAAUGUGUGUGUGUGUGUGUGUGUGUGUGUGUGUGUGUGUGUGUGUGUGUGUGUGUGUGACAAAAGAAUACAAAUCAUGAAACAUUUAUUUAUUUUUUACUUAUAAUUAAUGACAAUACUCUCUCUCUCUCUCUCUCUCUCUCUCUCUCUCUCUCUCUCUCUCUCUCUCUCUCUCUCUCUCUCUAAUGCUGCUACAGACUGAGGUAAUGCAAAUCAACAUAAUAGUCGCAGUAAUAGUAGUAGUAAUAGUAGUAGUAGUAGUAGUAGUAGUAGUAAUAGUAGUAGUAGUUACAACUGUCAUAAUAUAUUUACAAUAGAUACACACACACACACACACACACACACACACACACACACACACACACACACACACACACACACACACAUACACACACACACACACACACACACACACA